GCAGAAGCGCUACACAAAGGCCCUCUCUCUCUCUACACUCACAAUACUUUUCCUUCUUUUCACUCUUUCUUCCUCAACUCUCGCCAUCAUUCAAGGCCUCAAAGACCCAGAAGCCACAAUAGCUCACAGUUUAUGUAACCCGGCCAGUUCUUGAACCUCAAAUCUAGUGGAGAGUGAACAGAACGUGCUCAUUUUUAGGACUUAAUGGAGGAAAAGCAAUUAGAUCUAAAUGCACCACUAUUAUCAGUGAGGCGAUUUUCAUCGACAUUGGCCACUUCAGAUGGAGUUCACAGGAACACAAUCACAAAGUCACCACCACCCAAUAGACAACAUUCUCUUCCUUUAUACACAUCAGACUGGGAGUUGGGUGAAGUAACCAAACCAGCUGCAGUUCCUUUCCUGUGGGAGCAUACUCCUGGAAGACCCAAAUAUAACAGUGGACCCUUGCCUCAACUGCCUGAGGAGUCUUCAAAUACUCCAAGACUUUCUCUGGGAACGGGAUUGGGUCGUAUAAAGCACACUUCCUCUGAAAUGGCUAAUGAUCGGCAUCUGUUUAGGACCCAAACUGAUGCAUCUCCUUUGAAUGAUUAUGCAAUGCUUCUGGAUAGCUUGAUUGAGGGAAUAAAAGGAAAAGGGGACUCUGAUUUGGAGAGCGGUGAUGAUGCGUAUUCUGAUGCACUCGACACACUGUCACCAACACAAUCAUUCUCCUUGAAUUAUAGUGUAAGUGGUUUGAGCGGUUAUGAUGGUCCCGAUGUCAAACCAUCUGGAACAUUCUCCACUGAUCCACAAACUCGAGAUUUUAUGAUGAGCCGCUUCUUACCUGCAGCCAAGGCUAUGGUUCUGGAGACGCCUCAGUAUGUGCCACGGAGGCAGCCUGCGGUAACAGAACCACCUAGGCAGGUUAAAAAGGUGGUCAGUGGGGAACUAAGGCCGUUACUUGAACAGUUCAGAUCUAAUGCCAUAUCACCAUAUGGGAAAUGCGUAGAGGAUGUGGAAAGUGAAGAUGAAGAUGAAUGUGAUGAUCCUGGCAAAAAAUCACGCAAAGUUUGGGGAUUAUUUCCUCGAAUAUGUGUGAAGAAUUCUGCAUGUCUCUUAAAUCCAGUGCCAGGAUUGAAACCAAGGGCCCAGACUCCAAAGGCUUCUGCCAGUAAGGUUAAUAGAUUGGCCAGAACUGCAUAUAGUGGACCUUUAACUCAGACCAUUGAUAAGAAUGCUUGGAAUGCAACUUAUAGGAAGCAGCUUCAUCCUGGAGUUCGAUCACAAGAGCUGCAUGAAGUUGAGAGUAAAUUGGUGGGUGAAUUUAAACUAUUCUCUUACUCUGGUGAAUUAUAUAGGACCGAUAGGUCAUCUCCCUGCAGGCGUUUGAAGGCUGGUGGCAUUUCUCCAUACCGGAAUGAAGCGCCUGUGUCUCCCUUUCAUGAUGGUGCGAGAUUUCUUGGUAUACCUAAGGAAGUUGAAAAUGCUAAGACUCCCGAGUUCAGCUGGCCUACAAAGGAAAGUAAUGACUCUCAGAAUGUAUCAUCCCAUCUGCUAUGUAAACAAGAGUUGGGCUCGGUGCAUUCUGCCGUUGAGAAAACAUUGUACAUAGAUUCAAUUCGUAGUGAAAAGAUUCCAGUUGUGAAAUCUGUUUGUACGGAAGCUGACAGGCUUAUGGACUGCUCUGGUGAGGGUUUCAAGACCUUGGUAGAAAGCACGAGGGAAGAAACUUUUACUCCCAAAGCUUCCAUUCAAGAUACAAAAUGCCUAAACCUUUUGGAGGGAGGGAGGGAGCUGAAACCUAAAGCUUCUGUUCCUUUCGAUGCUAAUCUACCUUCUAUGGUUUGCAUAGCAAACCUCAAAGGCCAAGCAGCCAGAAAGGAGGUUUCGAAACGGAAUCCGAGUCUUGAUCAGGAAUCCAGGUCCUUGGAAUGCUCAAAAGUGAAACUCAGUGGAAAUUUGGAUAAGAAAAAUGAACAUACCAUGAAAGCAGAUGAUAAACAAAAUCCUAAGGUUGUCUCUUUGCAAUCGCCUUUAACCCCGCCUUUACCAAAAUCACCAUCUGAAUCUUGGCUAUGGCAUACUUUGCCUUCCAUUUCUCUGCGGAAUCCAUUCUCACAUUCACAUAGUGGCGGACGUUUUCAUUCUAAGAAGCAGGAUCAGAAGACUUCCAUCAACGGUACCAAGUGGGAGACCAUUGUGAAAACUUCCAAUUUGCAUCAUGACCAUGUACGGUAUUCUGAGGAACUUAUGCCUCAUGUUCGUCACCACUCUAAAACUUAGAAGCACACAGAUGCUACGCAAAGUUCUCCAAAUUCAUUCACUUGCUUAAACAUGUUUGAUUUCUAUUUAGUCAAUCCUAAAACUUUCCAGCCCACUGUUUUCUCCAGAGUUCUCGUUUCUGAUUGUUCUUUGUCAUGAUAUACUAGGGAAGAGAAAGUAGUCUAUAGUUUGCGUUACAUCAAGGCGGGGGUGAGGUUGUAGCCUCUCAAACCUCCCUUUUUUCCUUAUUUUUUUGGGUGAAGUCAUUGAUCUUCCUUCCCCUUCAGCGAUUGGAUUGUGUAUGUAAUAGUAGCCCUUGUUUUCUUAUGAAUGAAGAUGCUGCAUCGUUGAGAAGUCACAUAUACUGGCAUCUUAGUGUCAAGUAACAGGUUCUUUGGAUCUUGGUGUUUUUCAGCGAUUAUUCUUUUCUUCAAUCUCAAUGGUACUAGCUUGUUUCCAUUUUCGGUGUUCAUUUCUGGUAGUUAUCACACACCCUUCUCCCCUGCUUGUAUUUGUCUGUCUAAUUUUGUAAUAUUGAAGCUACGGCCAUGAAUUAACUUUGGCAGAAUUACUA